AUGCCCAACGGCGCCACGGGCACCCAUGGGACUCGCAGGCCAUCAACGUCAUCGGCCAUGAGAGCUAUGGCCUUGACAGAAUACAGCGCGAAUCCAUCACCACCACCCGAGACGGUCGAAGAGGGCGCAUCGCUGGUGCCAGAAGAAUUUCAACUUCCCGAUGGUCACCCUGACUACCUGCGCAUGAUUGCCAGCGCAACCUCACGAGUUUACGAGGCCUGCAAGACCACGCCGCUGUCCCCAGCCGUUAACCUGAGCAACCGACUAGAGUGCAAUGUUUUGCUCAAGCGCGAGGAUCUGCAGCCCGUCUUCAGCUUUAAGCUGCGCGGCGCAUACAAUAAGAUGGCCCAUCUUGACCCGGCCGAAAGCUGGAAGGGUGUCGUCUGCUGUUCGGCCGGAAACCAUGCCCAGGGAGUCGCCUACUCUGCCCGAAAACUCAAGAUUCCCGCCACCAUUGUCAUGCCUGAGGGCACGCCAAGCAUUAAGCAUUUGAAUGUUGCGCGCCUUGGCGGCCAUGUGGUUUUGCACGGCGCAGACUUUGACGCUGCAAAGGAAGAGUGCGCACGACGUGCGAAGCACGAUGGACUCAUCAACAUUCCUCCUUUCGACGACCCCUAUGUCAUUGCCGGCCAAGGGACCAUUGGUAAUGAAAUGUUUGGACAGGUCAACAUGGCCAAAGUUGAAGCCAUCUUUUGUGGAGUUGGAGGCGGCGGCCUCAUAGCAGGCAUUGGCUUGUUUGUCAAGAGAAUGGCACCUCAUGUUAAAAUCAUUGGCGUUGAGGCAUCAGAUGCAAAUGCCAUGGCACAGUCUUUGAAGCUGGGGAAGAGAGUCAUGCUUCAAGAAGUCGGCUUAUUUGCAGAUGGCGCCGCCGUAAAGAUCCCUGGAGAGGAGACGUUCCGCAUCUGCCGCGAGGUUGUGGACGAAGUUAUCGAGGUCUCCACGGAUGAGAUCUGCGCUGCCAUCAAAGACAUGUACGACGAUACCAGAUCCGGAUUGGAGCCGGCGGGCGCCCUGUCUAUAGCUGGCUUGAAGAAAUACGUUGCGCGCCAGCCUUCCGUCGACGCCAAGAGAACGCUCAUUGCGGUGACCUCGGGCGCCAACAUGAACUUUGACCGGUUGAGAUUUGUUGCCGAACGUGCCACAUUGGGUGAGGGCAAGGAGGUCUUGAUGGCCGCUACCAUCCCAGAGCGUCCUGGGGCCUUUGCCAAGCUCGUCGACACCAUCAUGCCUCGUCCAGUAACGGAGUUUUCCUACCGCUACUCAUCUGGUAACGUUGCCAAUGUCCUCAUCGGUCUCUCUAUCACAGUACCGGCUGCCCAAAGGGUCGAGGAGGUGCGGUCACUUAUGGAACGUAUCCGAGCCGAGGGCAUGGACGUGACUGAUCUAUCCAACGACGAGCUCGCCAAAAGUCAUGUGCGUUAUCUCAUCGGCGGACGCACCGGCGUGGGGAACGAAAGGGUCUUCAUGUUCAACUUCCCUGAGCGGCCAGGAGCGCUAGAAAAGUUCCUGACAACUCUGAGACCAAAGUUCAACAUCAGCCUGUUCCAGUAUCGUACAUAUGGCGGAGACGUGGCCAAGGUACUGGCAGGGAUCCAGUGCCCACCGGAAGAGAAUGCCGAACUGGAGCAGUUCCUGGAGGAGCUUGGAUACCCUUCCGAGGAGUGCACCGACUCGGCAGUUUUCAACAUGUUCUUGAAAAGCACCAGCCCAUAA